UUUUAGUGUUUAGUGAAAUAAAAUGCAAUAGAUCGCUACAAAUAUGUCAACAGGAGUGUUACAAUUCGUCAAAGGAAUCGAUUUCUCGGGAAAUGACUUUUCGGGAGAUCGAUUUCCUCACGAUGUGGAACAAAUGACGCAAAUGACAUGGUUGAAAUUGAACGAUUCGAAGCUCGAACAGGUGCCUGAUGAGCUGUCGCGUUGUGCGAAUCUGGAACAUCUGCAAAUGGCUCACAAUCAACUUAUUUCUGUACAUGGAGAGCUUUCUGAUUUACCGCGACUACGAUCAGUGAUUGUCAGGGAUAAUAACCUAAAAACCGCCGGAAUUCCAACGGACAUUUUCCGCAUGAAAGAUCUUACAAUUAUCGAUUUAUCGCGAAAUCAAUUGAGAGAAGUUCCAACAAAUUUGGAGUAUGCAAAAGGAUCAAUCGUUCUGAAUUUGAGCUAUAAUAAUAUUGAAACUAUUCCGAACAGCGUUUGUGCCAAUCUUAUCGACUUAUUGUUCCUGGAUCUUUCGAACAACAAAUUGGACAUGCUUCCACCACAGAUUCGUCGAUUAAGCAUGCUUCAAAGUUUGAAACUUUCAAAUAAUCCACUUAAUCAUUUCCAAUUGAAACAAUUACCAAGCAUGACAUCCCUAAGCGUUCUUCACAUGAGUAAUACCAAUCGAACGCUGGAUAAUAUUCCUCCAACUCUGGAUGAUAUGCAUAAUUUAAGAGAUGUUGAUUUUUCUGAAAACAAUCUUCCCAUUGUCCCGGAAGCUCUCUUCAAACUGCGAAAUCUUCGAAAAUUGAAUCUAAGUGGAAAUAAAAUCGAAAAAUUGAAUAUGACUGAAGGAGAAUGGGAGAAUUUGGAAACAUUAAACAUGAGCCAUAAUCAAUUGACAGUUCUUCCGGAUUGUGUUGUCAAAUUGACAAGACUCACCAAAUUAUACGCAGCAAAUAACCAAUUGACAUUCGAAGGAAUACCAUCUGGAAUAGGAAAACUCAUUCAACUUACCGUACUUCAUUUGUCAUAUAACAAGCUGGAAUUAGUUCCAGAAGGAAUCUCGCGAUGUGUUAAGCUUCAGAAAUUGAAAUUAGAUCAUAAUCGAUUGAUUACACUGCCAGAGGGAAUACAUUUGUUGCCUGAUUUGAAAGUUUUGGAUUUACAUGAAAACGAAAACUUGGUGAUGCCUCCAAAACCGAAUGAUGCAAGAAAGAAAUUAGCAUUUUAUAAUAUUGAUUUCUCGUUGGAACAUCAGCGUAAAAUCGCAGGGCAAAUGACAAGUCCAUCGUCUUCGAUCUCAUCAGUUCAUUCGGGUGGAGCACGACAAGAUGCUUUGGCACGACGGAAAGAAUUUAUUCGACGCAGAAAGCAACAGGCCGAUCAACAGAGUGCUGAUAAGGUUAUACAGGGAAUGUCGAAAAUCGCUGGCGUCGGUGCGGCUCUUACGGAGAAGCAACAAGAGGAAGAAGAACGACAAUUGGAAGCAAAAAGUGCAGUUAAUUGGAAAAAGAAUAUUGAAAAGAAUCGUCGACACAUUGAUUACAGUGAUAUAUUUGAUGAAGAUGUUGGUAGUGACGAAGGAAUGUGGGUAUGGGAAAUUGAGAAUUUCUAUCCAUCAAUUAUGGAUGAAGCAUUCCAUGGGCAAUUUUAUGAUGCAGAUGCUUACCUGGUACUAAAGACGACUCGAGAAGCAUCCGGACAACUUCGUCAUGCAAUAUUUUAUUGGCUCGGUGAGCACGCUUCUCUUGACAAGGGAAUGUGUUCUGCUGUACACGCUGUUGGCCUCCGAAAUCACCUGAAUGCCACGUGUCGAACACAACGAGAAGAAAUGAACGAUGAGACGGAAGAGUUUUUGACGUUAUUUGGAGAAGAAAUUGUGUAUAUUGAGGGUGGACGGACAAUUUCUGGAUUCUAUACAACUGAAAAACCAGCUCAUUUAACACGACUAUAUCGAGCAGGAGUUAACGGAACUGCUGUAGAAAUGGAACCCGUACCGCUCAGUGUCGAAUCAUUAGAUCCUAGAUUUUGCUUUCUUUUGGAUGCAGGAGAAACUAUUUGGAUAUGGAGUGGCUAUAAAUCAAGGAUCACAGUGUCAAAUAAAGCAAGAUUGUUCGCAGAGCGGCUCAACAAGCGUGAUAGGAAAGGAAAGAGUGAAAUUGAGACAUGCCGACAAGCUAGAUGUCCUCCAGAAUUCUGGCAAGCGCUCACUGGAAAUCCGGAUAAACCACAAGGAGCUAUUGUUGAACAUGUACCGGAAGGAUUUGUUGCUGAAAGAAAAAAGCUUUAUAAGGUGAACAUUGGAAUGGGAUUCCUCGAAUUACCACAAGUAGAGCUGCCCAAGGGAAUUGCAAAACAAGAUAUGCUUGGAUCCAAAGGAGUUUUCGUUCUUGAUUCCAAUUCGGACAUCUUUUUAUGGAUUGGCAAAAAAGCGAACCGAUUACUGAAAAUGGCUGGUCAGAAAUUAGUUGUUGAACUACAUCAAAUGAUUGAUAGACCAGAUUAUGCUCAAGUAUAUCGAGAAACUGAAGGAGAAGAAUCAAUGAUGUUCCGAUCGAAAUUUGCUGGAUGGGAUGAAAUAGUUCCAGUUGAUUACACGAGAACAAGUGAUUCUGUACAAAGAGUUCCAGAUUUGAAGGUUAUUGUGAAGAAAGAUAAUAUGAUGCGUGCAGAUUUGGCAGCUCUAUUCCUAGAAAGACAACCUUCAAUGUCAUAUGAAGAAAGUGAAGAACUAAUGGAAGAUUGCAAUUAUGAUUUAGAGCUUAUGGAGAGUUUUGUACUUGAGGGAAAGAAAUUCGUGAAACUUCCACAAAAAGAGUUUGGAAUAUUCUACACAAUGGACUGUUACGUAUUCCUUUGUCGAUAUGCAGUAAUGCCGGAAGAGGAUGAGGAAGGUGAAGAUGAACACGAUGAAGAUGAUAAGCCAGAGAUGGACUUCAAGUGUGUCGUGUACUUUUGGCAAGGAAGAGAUGCUUCAAAUAUGGGAUGGUUGAAUUUUACAUUCCAGCUUCAACCAAAUUUUGAGGAGAUAUUUAAGGAUAAAUUGGAAGUUGUUCGAAUGUAUCAACAACAAGAGAAUCAUAAAUUCCUUUCGCAUUUCAAACGAAAAUUCCUGAUCAAGCGUGGUCGACGUGGUUUGACAAAGAAUCUCGGCGGAAAAUGGCCAGAAUUAUUCCAAAUGAGAGCCAAUGGAUCAAGUGUAUGCAAUAGAACUAUUCAAGUUGAUUGCCAAGCAAACCAACUAUGCUCAGCAUUCUGUCACAUGCUCCGAAUUCCAUUCAAAGAAAUCGAAGAAGAUGGUCAUCGUGGAGUGGUUUACGUAUGGAUGGGUAAAGAUUCUGAUCCACGUGAACAUGAAUUUGCUCGACAAGUAGCAUCAGAUCUUGUCGUUCGUGACGAUGACAAUGACUUCCGAAUUGUCGAAGUUCAAGAAGGAGAAGAAAAUGAAGAAUUCUGGAAAGUUCUCGGUGGAAAGAAAAAAUAUGAAACUGAUAGUUCAUUUGUUAAGCAUACAAGACUGUUUCGAUGCACCAACGAGAAGGGAUACUUUGCGAUUUCCGAGAAAACUGUCGAUUUUUGUCAGGAUGAUCUUGAUGAUGACGAUAUAAUGAUUCUGGAUAACGGAGAUGCAGUUUUCCUUUGGAUUGGAGCAAGAUCUUCAGAUAUUGAAGCAAAACUUUCUUAUCAAGCCGCUCAAGUAUAUCAUGCAUCAAUGAGAAUGAAAGCAAAUGAGAAGCCGAGAAAGUUCAUGUUAGCAGUUCGAGGACGAGAAAGUUGCAGAUUCCGGAAAUGCUUCCAUGCAUGGUCCAAAAUGAAGGAACCAAUGGGCUAAUCAUCUCAAUUCACUUCUCCAGCAAAUUACGGAUACUCUUCCCAGUUCUAGUCCCUUGUCAAUAAUUUCAAUUUUGAAAUUUUCCACUUUAUAAUGUAUAUCUACAUAAAAAAAACCCCAGUUUUCCAUUUUUUGCAUAAUCAAUUCCUAAAUAAUUUUUCCCCAUAAUUUUCUCAUAUUUAUUAUUUGUUUUUUCCCAAUACUAAUUUAUUGCCCGUUCCCAUUCAAUUUUAUCACUUCAAACUUUGCUCAUUUCUCCUUUUAAAUACGCAGAAAUAAUGUGCAUUUCCAUGAUUUUAUGGCCAUUAUUUUUUAUGGUGAUUAAUUUUGUUUAUUUUUUUUUGUGAAAUAUGAUUUCCCCGCCAUCCCUUAUUCUACACAAUUGUCCCUGAUUAGACGAGUAUAGGAAUAUUUGUUUUCUUCCAUUGAUUUUAUAGGGUCUUAAUUUUUCAAUUUUCAUAUUUUCUUCGAAACUCGUUCUCAAUUUUGAGCCUUCUUCACUUGUCAAAUAAUUUUCCUUAUUUCUCCCCCUUAAUUUUUUUGAAAUCCCUCAAAUGUUCUUGGUGUUUCUCAUGCAUAUUACUGUAGAAAAAUGACUGGUGCUCUCCUAUCAUGUUCUUGCGAUAUUAUACGAUUUAUAGAGCGAAUUUUGUUUGAUCAAAUAAUUUUUUACAACUAUCCGUUUUCGUUUAACAGGGGAAUGGAUUACGGUGAGAGGAAGACGCGGAUGCAUCAACGAGUGAGGACCAAUUUUAAUGUUAAUGUAGAGAUAAAUAAUUAUGAACUGUUUUCUGACAA